CAUACACACUCUCUCUCACACACACACACACACACACACAUGCAGAUAGACUGACAUGCACAGUUCUUGUUUCUCACCAAAGACAGUUUAGUCACACAGCAAGCAGGACAGAAGACCGACUCAACUGGGACCAUCUGCGGAGGAGAAGUCAAAAAGCGCAGCCAUGGGAAAAGGAUGCAUCACGGUCACCAAGUACUUUCUAUUUCUCUUCAACCUCCUUUUCUUUGUCUUCGGAGCAUUGAUCAUGGGCUUUGGCCUGUGGGUCCUCUUUGAUAACCAGAGCUUCAUCGCUGUUCUACAGGAAUCAUCGGACACAGUGAAGGUGGCUUCCUACAUCCUCAUCGGAGUGGGCUCCCUGUCUAUGGCCAUGGGCUUCUUCGGCUGCAUAGGAGCCAUCUAUGAAGUUCGCUGUCUGCUGGGUCUGUACUUUACCUGCCUGCUGCUCAUCCUCAUCGCCCAGGUCACUGCUGGAGUUCUCAUUUACUUCCAAAGGGAUCGGUUGAAAAAUGAGAUGUCCAACAUCAUAAAGGGCAUGAUCAUCAACUACACUGGGGAGAACAGGACCACAGAGCACACCUGGGACUACAUUCAGAGGACGAUGAAGUGCUGUGGAUGGAACGGCCCAGGCAACUGGUCUGAGAACAACCUGAUCAAGAACAGCACCCAGAACCUGUACUCGUGUUCAUGUCGUAAUGAGGACCUGCCUGGCUCGGAGAUCAAGGAAGUGGGCCUGUGUGAGCACCUGUCCACAGAUUUACCCAUUCAUGAAACGGGCUGUAUGACCAGCGUGGAAAAAUGGCUCCUGGACAACUGUGGAGUUAUUCUGGGGAUCUGUGUUGGUGUGGCAGUCAUCGAGCUCCUCGGGAUGAUCCUCUCCAUGUGUCUGUGCAAGAGUGUCGUCCAGGAGGAUUAUACCAAAGUACCGAAGUACUGAAGACUGCUCCAGCUUCACACCAACACACACAUGGACAGACUAUUUUCUCUCUCUCUCUCUCUCUGUCUCUCUCUCUCUCUCUCUCUCUCUCUCUCUCCUGGUCUCACAUGCUUAUGAGCACACACACAAAUUAAGACAGCUGUCGGCACCAUUUGAGCUCCUCUUGCCUUGACAGUUGUUCAAGUUUUUCACGCCCCACAUGUCUCACAAACACACACACACACACACACACACACACACACACACACACACACACACACAUACAUACACACACAACUUGGACCCACAAGUUGCCAUUGUUGUCUUAUCCUUAGUAAUUUAAUUUGGUGGAAGCUAGAGAAUUCAGAGGUUUGAUGCUAUGCAAAUGUACAUUUACGUGUUGUUUUGUUUAUGGAUGACCUCAAUGAAGCGCUUAACAUCGUAGUAGAGAGAGCACUUUGGUGAUAUUUGGUGAGCAGAGAGCUGGAGCAACUUCUGACUCUGGGGCAUGGAGAUGAGAGCGUGGGGUGGGGGGGUAGAGGGUUAAUACCACUUUGUGAUCGUUCAGCUGGUAUUUUUGGUGCAGAGGGUGGAGGAGAGGCCCGGGGCUGAGCCAGGGCAGGGCUGCUGUGGUGGAGGUUUUGGCUUCUUUCAUCAACUCCUUGUACCAAGUAGCCCUGAUAUUAACCUCCGUUUAUACCCACCGUCUCCUCCCUCCUCCCGCUGACCGUCUCUAAAUCACGUCUCUGUCCUGCUCUCGGGUGUGUCUGACUGGUACCCAGUAGCUUCCCAAAAUGACUAGUUUUGCAUGAAGUAAGUGUGUGUAUGAUGUGUUGAGUGAGUAUUUUUGUUCUUUUUAUAUUCUCAUGUCGUCUCUGUUUUUUAUUAUUAUUUUUACAACUGUACAUAAGACGUUUGGAAGGGAUUACGGCACUUUAGUGCUUGAUCAGCAAUUUAUAUGGGAAGGCUGUCACCCACAUGUUCUUGUUUUAAGAGUCCUAUUGUUCUUCGUUUCCUGCCUGUUGUUUAUGAUGUUCAGAAUAUGGCUGCUGCAGCUGCUCGUCAGCAAUGUUUUGGUCUGAAUCUGAGAAAUCGCUAACCCUCAGAGUGAAUCUGUCACCAAUCCAGCCAUAUUUUAAUUUCUUCAGCAUUUUUUUAGCAUUGUUAACAGAUUACUUACCCUUUAUUUAAGUUCCCCAUACCGGUUUUGAUUUUAAAAUAUCUUCUAUUUUACCCUCAUUGCAGUAGCAUAAAUGGAAGCUGUGUGACCAUAAUGUAUUUUCCCUUCUCGGCAUGAUUAUUUUCCCAGAAGUCAUUUUGGCUGGUUUAAAUUAUCGGCAACACGAGCAGAGGAAAAACCGUCUGCCCAGCAGUGAUUGCAUAUUUCAGAGCAGAAAUCCACUCUUCAUCAAAUCACGCUCGAAAUGUUGAAACUAAAAUGUUGCUCUGAGUGAGUGUCCUCGCCCCUCUUAUCCACCUCUCCAUCUCAGUCAUCCCACUUCUUUCAAACACACUAUUAUGGCUGAAUUUAUGGUUCAUUUAAUGGAUAGAUUUGCACUUUUAUGUGGUUGGUAGUUUUUCCACGCCAUCUCACGCCAGUCAUUUAAAAUCAUCUUCAUCAUGCUGCAAUUACACAAGAGAGCUGAAGCUGGCCAUAAAAAAAUAAAAGAACAUUUGUAUCUGUCAUAAAUACAUUCAGCCUCUUUAUUUAUGCCCUGACAAAUUGAAACGCUUAUUUAAUGUAAUAAGAGAUGAAGGCUUUUUAUUGUGUUAAAAUAUUUGUACACUUUUACAAAAAAAAAACGACUGUUAGUAGAAAAAAUAUUUGUGGACCUGUAUGCCAUGUUUAAAAACACAUGAUUCUUUUUUUUUUAUUGAAAACUAUUAAUAAAUCUGAAUCCACUAAAAUGUGUUGUA